ACGCUCAAGCGUGCUUGUGCUUUGGGUAAAAAUGGCGUCUUCUUCAAGCAAAAUUUAUGAGUACGGAAGUGUGAUAAUCACGCUGGAAAACUGCACUAUUCCUUCGGAGAAACUCGAAAAUACACCUUCUAGUUUAGAUGGACUUCAUAAAGAACUUGAAACAGAUUUACGUAUUGUAGGUUGCGAAUACAUUCAAACGGCGGGCAUUCUACUAAAACUGCCACAGGUGGCAAUGGCGACAGGCCAGGUUCUAUUUCAGCGAUUUUUCUACUCGAAAUCUUUUGUUCGUCACGAUGUCGAGGUAUAUGCAAUGGCGUGCAUCUUCCUUGCCGCCAAAAUAGAGGAGUCACCUCGACGGAUACGUGAUGUCAUCAACGUUUUUCAUCACAUCAAGCAAUGCAGAAAUGAGAAACCAAUAGUACCAAUGGAAUAUAUGGGAAAUCAGUAUUUCAAUCUAAAGAAUUUCGUCAUUAAAGCUGAAAGAAGGAUUCUUAAGGAGCUUGGAUUCUGUGUUCACGUUAAACAUCCUCAUAAAAUCAUCAUAACCUUUCUGCAAGUUCUGGAGAGCGAAAAAAAUCAACAGCUAGCGCAGUUAGCUUGGAACUAUAUGAACGAUGCCUUGCGGACGAAUGUUUUUGUUCGAUAUCAACCUGAAACUAUUGCCUGUGCUUGUAUAUACUUAUCUGCUCGAAAGUUGAAGGUACCUUUACCAGCACGACCUCCUUGGUGGGAGCUUUUUGAUAGUUCAUUGGAAGAGAUUGAAGAUGUAUGCAUUACAUUACUGAAAUUAUAUGAACGACCAAAGAUUUCAUUACAAACUUUGAGUAAAGCUGUGGACAAGUUAAAGAAAACGAAGAAAGUCUCAGAUUCGGCGACUAGUACUAAUGAAAGCAAAAUGAAGAAGAAGGUUGCCGCAGUAGAUUUUUCCCAACCAGGCUCACCAAAUUCCAACUCUUCGCCCGUUGUUAGCGGCGAAAGUUCAAAAUCUCGUGUUGCUGAUGUGAAGAACGGGAGCAAUAAAUCGGAGAGUCAAGACUUGAAAUUCUCCGGGAAAAGAUCAAGUAAAUCGCGUCCGACGCAAAAAGACAAAAAUCACAGUCAAAAAGUGGCAAAACGAUCGAGAAGUCCGGUCAGCGACGUCUCCCGUAGUGGCUCGGGAUCGGACAGCGUUUCUGACGUCAAUGGCGGAAGUGCAUCUGACAGCGGAGCGAGCGUGGAGUCAAUAGGGGAUCGUAGGCAUAAGAACAAAGUUGCACGUCGAGAGGUACGUCAUAGUCACAGAGAUAAACGCAAUGAUGUGCGAUCUUCGAAAAAAAUGCAGAAAUCAAAAAGUUAUACGAACUCUAACCGAAAGCAACGGGAGAAGAGUCUAUCACCUCAUUAUCGUAGCGAAAGUAGAAGCCGAGAUAGAAGAAAAGAAAAAUACAUACGUAGAGUAGAUAAUAAAGAAUCAAGAGGAAGAAAUGGGGACUAUAGGGUAUCAGACAAGAGGGAACAUAGGGAGGUAAGGUAGUUCACCUAAGGUGUCCAUACCAAUCGCGAUACUCUCGUUUAUCUAUACUAUUGUAUCUAAACAUACAUUGCUAGAUCAUUUGGUGGAAUUUUUGAUAUGUGAAUUAAUUAUAGAUUCCAUUUUGUUUGGAAAGAUUUUAUAUUUUACUUAAGAAUUAUAUGUCUAUUCCACAUGGUUAUGCAAACCAAGGAGAUGUUUGGGAGAACUUGAGAGCUGGGCAGUGCAUGAUGCUUCAAAGAAAUUCCAAAUGUUAGUUGCUAGCUGUGGAAAAUUAGUAUGUAGUAGUGUUAUCAUUUGUUCUAUUGAAACAACCAAUUAUCUUUUCGAAUUUCUCUGGGCAAUUAAGUUGGAAAUCAAUAAAUUUCACAAUACAUAAAA